AUGGCACAGAACAUCUACGAUAAUCCCCAGUUCUUCGACGAGUACGCAAAGAUGGAGAGAUCUGUCGAUGGCCUCGCCGCUGCUCCAGAAUGGCCCUCUCUCCGUUCGAUGGUAGGCGAUGUCAAAGACGCACGCGCUCUCGACCUGGGAUGCGGAUAUGGAUGGUUCUGCAGAUGGGCUAUAGAGGCUGGUGCUCAUGCAGUCCACGGUGUUGACGUUUCUCAAAGGAUGAUUGACAAAGCAAAGUCAAGCACAGUACCCGCGAACCUUACGUACCAAGUCGCGGAUCUAGACGUGUUUGAAAUACCCAAGGACUCUUACGACGUGGUCUACAGCUCGCUGGCCUUUCAUUACCUCCAAGACCUGGACCGGUUGUUCAGUCAGAUCCACGAUACUCUACCAUCCGGAGGACGGUUCGUCUUCUCUGUCGAGCAUCCUAUAUUCACAGCACCAUUCUCGCAGACAUGGCAGAAGAGCGAACACCAGGAGCUGAUCUGGCCAUUGAACAACUACUUUCGCGAAGGCAUGAGGGAUUAUCAGUGGUUGGGCAGCUCCGUGAGGAAGUGCCAUCGUACAAUUGAGACGUAUAUUCGGACGAUUGCUCGAUGUCGAUUUGCUCUUGUUGAUCUAGAGGAGUAUAAGCCGUCUGAUGAGGACCUGAAGGCUCAUCCAGAUUGGAAGAAUGCUUUGCAGAGGCCUAUGUUCCUUCUCAUUUCUGCAAGGAGGAUAUGA